AUGGUAACCAGCCCCGCCUCCUCUCCCCUCUCCAAACCACACUGCAGCAGACGCCGCUUCUCCCCAGGUUCACCAGAAGAAACCACACAAAAUGCUUCUGCUGCUGCCGGCUGUUCUGUGCUGUCUGUGUUCAGGUCAGUGUUUCCAGCCAAUCAGGAGCUACAACACUCUACCUGUACAACACGCCGGCAUAGUAACCUUCAUCCACACCUCUGUUUGUCUACAGCGCUGGUUGUCACGGCAACACAGCUGAUUCAGGAGGAUGUAACACUGACCAGGAGAGUCGGUCAAAAUGUCUCCUUUAGCUGUAGAGGAACUGAGGAGUGCGAUUUCAGAUGGAAAUCCUGGUUGCAGAAGAAAGACAAAGAAACAUUUAAACUGAUUCUUGGUAUUAGGGACGAUGGUUUCAUUUAUAACAAUUAUAAUCAUCCUCAGAAAGCUGACUUCUCAUCUGUAGAUAAAGGUAAAGGUUAUGAGUUGCAGAUCCAGACAGUUCUACCCUCUCAUUCAGCCUCAUACUACUGCUCCUGUGGGAAGAAUUUCAAUGUGGGACAACCAUACCCGAUCUUUGGUUCUGGGACUAAACUGUAUGUAACAGAUGAUCCGGUGGUGAAGCCCGUGGUGGGCGUGUACCGGGCAGCGUCCACGGCCCUGGACGGGAAGAUCUCCCUGAUGUGUGUGGCCUCAGGCAUGUUUCCUCCUGAGGUCCGGUUCUCCUGGAAAAGACAGAAGGACAAUGGAACUGAGGAGGAUCUGCCCCACGCCCAGGGAGAACAGCUGGAGGUCCAAGAGUCUGGACGGAGAACCUCCAUCAGAACCAUCCAUCAGAACCACAACAGCUCAUAUAAAUACUGGUGCACGGUCCAGCACGAGGGGGGCCAGACCCACCAAGAGGUUCCAGCUGUUCCUCCACCAACCCCAACCCCAUCCCCAACCCCAACCCCAUCCCCAACCCCAAACCCAUUCCCAAACCCAUCCCCAACCCCACCCCCUACAGUCCAGCUGACUCCAUGUCGUCUUUCCAUCCAGCCCUGGGACUCCCAUCGUCUUCCUUGUCUGUUCUACUCAGUUCUGAUAGUGAAGAGUCUGGUUUACUGUUGUGGACUCUGUGUAAUGAAUCUCAUAUAGACCUUCCACCUGCUGCACACAACUGAUUUAUUUUACCUUCUGUCAGUUGUCAAAGUCAAGGCAAGGCAGGUUUAUUUCUAUAGCGCAUUUCAUAUACAAGGCAAUUAAGUGCUUUACAUAAAACAUUGAAAGCAUUACAGCAGGGAAGCAAUGAAAAGUAAAGACAUGAGAAAAACAAACAGAUAAAUAGAUAAAACAGAUAAAAACUUUAAUCUUAACAGAAACACGCAGAUCUGAACUGAUGAAUCAGAACUCUAUUCAAACGCAGCUGUGAACAGGUGGGUCUUUAACCUGGAUUUAAAUAAACUCAGUGUUUCAGCUGAUCUGAGGUUUUCUGGGAGUUUGUUCCAGACAUGUGGAGCAUAGAAGCUGAAGGC